CCUUUCUUCCAAGAACAGCGCUUGAUUUUUUUUUCAACAUUAAGAAGAUGUUGAAAGCACAUUCCGGCGAGAAUUAGAUAAUAUUGCACUUAGGUUCCAAAGAAGCGAACGGAAAGGUCGAAUCGAUGGUCCUAAGGAUUUCCUGGAGCACCACCGAAAAAAACCCUCGAGAUCGUCGCUUGUUCAACAGUUUCCCAAUCCAUUGAUUCUGAUCCGGCGCGUAAUGGUCCCUUAUUUUAGGGCCGGUUAAUUUUCCCUGGUUAAACAUCUUAAUGAAUCGUGCUUCAAUUUAUUUCCGAGUCGUUGUUGAAUUGACAUCAAUAUUUCAAAGCUUUACGGAAACAUUGGAAGAGUUUAGUGUGUUUGGAUUAGGUCGUGAUUCCGCCGACCGCUACAGUACAACAGCUUCAGGGAUUCCAAAAUCUUCUUUCUUCUGUGUCACUUAAUAGAAAGGUAGAGGACAAGCUGCCAAGGAUUGUACCGGAAACCAUAUUGCAUGAUUUUCGGCGAGUUCAAGGGGAUUUGAUGAUGACUGAAAAUGUCCUUCAAACACUUUUCCUGCUCCAAACAUUCUUUUUAUCUGUUGAUCUCAUCGGACCUAACGCCGAGAGGGGUUGCCUCUCAUUCGACGAGCAUGCGAAACAAAGAGGAUGUGAUUGCGUCGUAUAUCAGAGCACUGGACAGAGAGGCGCCCUGACCUUCCACUCCCCAAACUACAACACGGCCCCCAACUACCCCAGGGGCAUCGUGUGCAUACUACUUUCAUUCAUUGGGGACAUGAAUGAAACGGUGGAGAUUACUUUUAUUGACUUCAAUCUUCGGCCAAAGGAAAACAACACGUGUAAAGAUUUCCUCAAAUUAUAUCUAGAUGAGCAGGCAGCAGUUAACGAAAAUAGUGUACACGAGUAUGAGUUGUGUGGUGAUAAGUCCAGUCUACCUCAGAAAACCUUCUACUCCCGCGGCAGGAGUAUACAUCUAGAGUUCCACACCGAGUCCGUGGUUAUUUCGAAUCCGUAUAAAGGAUUCAUAGGGAAAUACUCUUUCAUUGACUCAAGUGAGUUUCAAACCACAAUGACCCGUGUUUCCCGAGAUGUUAGCCCUUGUUCCUACAUAGAUAGACACAGCAAUGAUACUCACAGUAAAGGAAGGUUCUUCUCCCCCAGCUACCCCCAGAACUAUCCCUCCUGGUCUGACUGUAGUUACCAGUUCUUUGGACGCCCGGGGGAGGUUGUCAAAUUGACUUUCCAGGUUUUGCAGCUGGCUGGAAACACGACAAGCUGCAAUAAGGACCAGUACCAGGACUAUAUAGAAGUUUACGACGGAGUAAAUAAUACAGAGAGGAUAGCCUUUAUUUGUGGUAACGGAGGCGUCCCUAGCAUCAGGUCCCGCACCAAUUACCUGACCGUACACUUCCAUUCCGGGCAAAACAUCAACAUGAAGGGAUUCGCCGCCACAUAUGAAUAUCUGAUAAUUGAUAUUGCUGCCGAAUGCAACAAGAAUAUCACUCAGGCUUCCUCCCCCGAGGGUACGAUUUGUAGCCCGAGGUAUUCCCACCCUUACCCAGCGGACAUCACGUGCACUUAUGAUUUUUACGCCAAUCCCGGUGAAAGAGUUCAAAUCAAAUUCACGCACUUCAACCUCCACAAAUCCAAGAUCUAUUCAGAAGUGAAUGGGGACUGUAAACUGGAGGAUUCCGUUUCUAUUUUUAUCUACGAGGACUAUGAUGAGGCUACAGCCAUGUUCUGCGGGGACACCCUACCCCUCCAGUUUAUGUCCGCCAACAACUGGAUGAGGGUGAGAUUUGUCAGCAACCCCUCCCCCGGCAAAGGACAGGCCUCGGGGUUUGAGUUCCAGUACAAAUUCAGAAAAGAUUUUGGAAUAACAACAGGUCUACAGUCUUUCGGAGAUCGAAAUCGUCCGCUCUGUCAUUUCACGUACAACAGCAAGAUACAAAAGGUGGGGAACUUUACCUCACCGAACUACCCCGGCGUGUAUCCCUCCGUCACUAAUUGUCAAUACGUGUUCCGUGCAGAGCGUGGAGAGCGAGUCACAAUCACUAUGGAUAACUUUGACGUCGGACUACGGAGUGAAACAAACGUCUGCGGGGGUCAGAAUGACCACGUGACCUUCACUUGCUACUCACAUGAGGGGCCGGAUAAGGGAUUCCAGCCUAUUUGCGGAGUCAUGCAGUCGCUGCUCACCAAGCGUGUGUCUGACGGGGAGUACUUCCGGGUCCUGAUGACUUCAAACGACAACUACGAACACACCGGGUUUCUGGGGCGGUACGAGUUCGGCAAAGGGUACAACGUCUUUGCGCCCACUACGCCUUCCCCGGAGACUUUGAGUGGGCGUGAAUCCUCGUCACCCCGGGGGCCUUCUCUGGACGUCAUUAGUGCUACCCUUCUUGGACUGUUGGUCUGUUUUUAUAUGAACACAGCCAUGAGCUAGCUGAAAGGGUGCUUCCGUGUUAAAUGCAUUAUUUAUUUAUUUAAUAGUCAUUCAUCAUUUUGUACCUGAAAUAUUAAUAACUGUGUGCGUGUUUGGUAUGAGAGAUAUAGAUUUUCUUGCGAUGAAUCUUCAUGUUUAAUGCAGUCAUGUUUAUUUUGUGAAUGUAAUAUAUUCGUCAGAUUUUGUGAUGGCGUGGAUGCUGAUGCUGUAGGCCUAUUUCAUUUUAUGUUUCACAAAAUGAAAGUUGUUGCAACUGCAUGCUACAUGUAUAACGUUAAAUUUUCCCUCUUGUUAAAUGAUUAAUUGUACAUGCAAGCUGUUUGUAAAAAGGCUACAUUGUAAGUGUUGCAAGGCAUUGUUCUAAAGUUGAGAAUGUUCGUGUAUUUUGCUGCACGCUUUGAUAAAGAUUUCAAAUCAGUUCGUUUUUAAACUUCCAUGUAAUUAGCCUCUCAAUAUUUAAAUAAUCUUCGUCAUUAGAAAAACAUUAUUUGGCAUGUCAGAUCAAGACUAUUUUUUAAGAUAUGCUUGAUGUUAUGUAUCAGCUGUGUAUGUGACAUUUAUCAUGUAUAUCUAUCGUACGUCGGGAACACUAGCAUUGAUCAGUGUAAAUGCAGAUUAUAAUGACCGUUACUGUUGUUAUACGAACACAUUCCAUAGAAUAAGUCAUUUAACAUAUUCAUUAUGUGACUGUAUUAAAGAAUUUUGGUGAAUGCACUUUGCUUCCUCCAGUGCUGGACUAUUUGUUUCCAUUAACUAAAAGCUCAUUGUACCACCAAAUUCACAGUGCAUAUACAUGUAGAUUAGCGCGUUCUAUAUUCCCAUGAGUUCCUUUUUGGUGUUUUAACAAAUAUAACUUAUGCCUCUUCCAGUAUUUUAGUUUUAAUAGAUUUGAUGUUUCUUUGAGACGGAAAGGGGUGCAAUCCAAAGAUAAUGCCAUUUCUAUGCAUCGUCUUUGUCCUGAACAAAAUAAUCAAUAAAUUUCGGGCUUUGUGAUAGAUAUGAUCACAUGACCGACCUGUAUUUAUGUUUCCAUAAAACUAAUCAAAUCCUUAUUUCUUAAAGAGACAUUUUAUAACUAACCUAUUUGAUUAAAGAUAUAAGGGCCACGGUUAUCUUAUUGAAUUGGAAACUAUUGAAACUUAGGGGGAUUGAGCCGGAUGAAAUAAGUUGCAAGAAAUAAGAUUACAGGUUUAUCCAUGAUGGAUAAACUUCAUUGUUUUAAAAAAUGGUGUAUCUGUCAACGAAUGUCUUUUACAAUUCAUGUAUAUAUGUUAAUGCAAUGCAUGUUGUUUUAUAUUGAAUUACGAUGAGGUGUUGCUACAUAAUUACAUGUAUGUAUGAUUUUCUUUAUCAAUGGGAUAAUGGUGAUAAUUAACACAAUUGUGAAGAAUGUACAACAUACAUUUAACACAGUCAAUAUUCCUAUAUAGGGAUAUAAAAGAAUAAAAUCGUUGAAACCUUUUUGUAAUUGCAUAUAAAUCAUGUUGAUUCAUAAUUGAUAUUAAUUACAUGUAUGUAUAUUUAUUUCCAUUUCAUAUUUUAAAAGUAAACUAUAAAAGAUUUAAAUCAAGA